UAUGCUUCCCAGAUAUUUUUUCGGCAACUGAAAGACCGUCAAUCCUAUCGAUUACAGAGAAAUAUUUCUAUUUCUCUGAUCUAUUAUCCCCUUAUAAAAAGGGAAACAUAAGUUAUCUUUUGACAGUUAGCAAUUGGCCCUUUUUCUUUAAAGAAAUCAUUUCGAAAUGGAGGCAAAAAUAAUUACUGGAUUGCAAGAUAUAGGCUACCAAGGGAAUUUACUUCAAAAACAAAAUUUGAGGAACUCAAUUCAAUACGGUUCAAAAAGCAUUGAAUACACCAAGUUGGUUAGUUAUUUGACCAAUGAAAUUCGAACUCUAUCUAAGUUGGAUGAAAAAGUUAAUCCGAUAUCAAGCCCUGAAGACUCAAUCUCUUUCAUGAUGGAAAUCAGUUCGUUUCUCAAAGAAAUGAGUUGUCCCUAUCAAUCCCUUACACAAGGUCAUGUUUCCGAUAGAUUGCAGAAUGUAGAACAAACAGGACUACUAUUAGAUUAUUUGAUUACUGAACUUAUGAUAGCUAGAAUGAAUCAGGAGAAUGCACCAAAAACAAAACUCGAACUUAAACUGCAAGAAACUCCAGAAGCAGAUAACCUGAAGCAGAUAUUGCAGGCAAUGAAUUUUCCCGAACCUCCUCCUGAUUUAACGUUUCAAAGACUAUUUAGUAAGGUUAUUGCUAGAAUUGAGGACAUUUUCAAAAAAAUGGGAAAUCGUUUUGUUGGGAAAACGUUUUUCAGUGGGUUUCUAUCUGAUAAACAAUGGAUGAUACUUGAUCAACUUGAAAAAGACCUGAAUAAUGACUAUAAAAUAAGGCGAGAAAUGUUGCUCACUCGAUUGGAUGUUACUAUACAGUCUUUUCAGUGGUCCGAUAGAGUUAAGGGUAAAGAAGGAUAUUUUCAAAGCUAUCACAAGGAUGAGAGAAAAAAAUUAUGUGGCCAACCAAAUGUGGAUUUAUCUCAUUUGUUAGCAGCAAGGACAGAUCUUGUUAUAAUCGAAAAAACAAGUAGUGCUAACGUUAGGAAAAAUACUAAAACUUCAAUUCAAAAAGUAAUAAUUGGAAAGGUUCCAGAUAGAGGAGGUAGAACGAAUGAAAUAGCCCCUCCACUUCCUGAAAUGCCAUCUUGGCAGCAGAGAACCACCGAUCCCCAUGGUGGCGGAAGAGGAGGUUACAACAAUGCUAGGGGAAGAGGAUCAUACAACCGCAACGCAAGCCAACAAAGUAAUUUCAAAGGAGAUGCGCCACUGAAUUCCGGAAGAGGUAAUGACAGUUUUGGGAAAUCAACUAACAGCGAUAAAUUUAAGAGCUCUUUGGAUAGUUCAAUUAGGAGUAACAGACCUUUCUCAAAUUUCAAUACCAGCUUGAAAAUGUAUAGUUCGUAUAGUUUCAGCAAUCUAGGAAAUUCUAGUAUAAAACCAGGUUAUUCGGGUAGCAGUGAUUUUGCGAAUUCAGAAAAGGAUUGUUAUUCGAAAGAUAGAAGAGAUCUUUCAAUGAAUUACGAAAGUUCAGAUUCACGUGAUUACUCUAAUAAACGCCUUAAAACAACUUAUGGGAGUUGUAAUAAAGACUUACAAACAAAUAACUACAGUCAAAAGCGCUCUUUUAAUAUUGCAGGAGAUAACGAGGAAAGAGGAUAUCAUAAUUCCAGGACGAAUUCUGGAAAUUAUGGGGGUGAUAGACAAUCGAACUAUACAGCAUACGAAAGUGCUGCAAGCUAUGAUUCAAAUAAAAGGAUUAAAUCGUAUGACAGUUUCAAAACGGAAAACACGAGUUAUUCUGAUCAAUAUGUAAGAGACACACAGCAUAAUCAUCAAAAUCAAUCAAGAAAUGAAAAUUUAAGGGGGCGUUCGAAUUACCGUCGUGGCCAAGGUAAUAGAUAUAAAAGAUAAGUGGUUAUUCGUCCCUGAUAAAAUGCUUAUAACUUAUAAAGUCAAAUAUGAGAUAAUUCUGAGCAAUAUUAUAUUUAUUAUAUUCAAUAGUCGUAUAAAAUUGGAAAAACUUGUUUUUUCUUACACUGCAUUUGUAUACUUUUCCCAAAACCUUAAGAUGUGUUAGAUCUGUUGAAAUGAAAAAUGUGAAUUCAAUAAAAAGAUAUUAUCUAUGAA